GAGCGGUUAGGUGUCUGUUUGAAUUGCCUGAAGAAUUUCGGUCUGUCUUAUCAAUGUGUGUUUCUAUGCGUAUGUUGCGUGUCCUUCAGUCCUGUCUCUCGUUUCUAUUUUUAUCAUCGCAGGUUAGCUACUUUCCAGACUGUAAAGCUCAGAAUUGCUGCUGUCUGUGCAGCUAGCUAGCUACACAUAUAGCACACGCUUACACUCGCGCCAGCGUCCAAGCUAGCUAGUAGUAGAUCUGAUCUAAUACAAAACUCUAUAUGCACGAAAUGGAAUGCAGAGUAUUAUCAAUUCAGAGUCAUGUUGUCAGGGGAUACGUUGGUAAUAAAUCGGCAUCGUUUCCUUUGCAGGUGCUGGGGUUUGAGGUGGACUCCAUCAAUUCGGUGCAGUUCUCCAAUCAUACGGGUUACGCCCACUGGAAGGGCCAGGUACUGACAGCAGACGAGCUGCACGUUCUCUAUGAGGGAAUCAAGCUGAAUAAUGUCAACCACUACGACUACGUGCUGACAGGGUACACCAGAGACACGUCCUUCCUGGAGAUGGUGGUGGACAUCGUGCAGGAGCUGAAGAGGGCGAACCCUAACCUUGUGUACGUGUGUGACCCGGUGCUGGGGGAUCAUGGCUCUAUGUAUGUUCCAGAAAACCUCCAUCCUGUCUACAAGAACAAGGUGGUCCCUGUGGCUGACAUUAUCACACCCAACCAGUUUGAGGCAGAGCUGCUAACAGGGAAGAAUGUCAGCACAGAGAAGGAUGCAGUGGAGGUGAUGGACCUGCUCCACAACAUGGGCCCUGACACGGUGGUCAUGACCAGCUCUGACCUGCCCUCCCGGCUGGGGGACCGCUUUCUGGUGGCCCUGGGUAGUCAAAGGACAGUGAAGCCGGAUGGAACCAGGUCGACCCAGCGGAUCCGGAUGGAGAUCCCCAAGGUGGAUGCGGUUUUUGUGGGGACAGGAGACCUGUUCGCUGCCAUGAUGCUGGCCUGGACUCACUACCACCCCAAUGACCUCAAGUCAGCCUGUGAGAAGACCUUCUCCGUCAUGCAUCAUGUUAUACAGAGGACUAUCUCCUAUGCUCAUGACAUGGCUGGUCCGGGUCGAAGGCCCAACCCGGCGCAGUUGGAGCUGCGUAUGAUUCAGAGCAAAGCAGACAUUGAGGACCCGGCCAUCGUGGUGGAGGCCACUGUGCUAUAGAGCACCACCCCCCCCCACCCCACCCCGCCCCACCUCCUC